AUGGGACCUUUGCAUCUCCUCCCAGCCAUGGUUCUUUCCAUGUGCUGUCAUGCUCACUUUGCAUCAGCUUGGACGGUGAAUAAUUUCCUCAUGACUGGACCUAAGGCUUUUCUGACCUAUGCCGGUAGUGUGCAAGUGGGCGCACAGAGUGGAAUAUAUGAGUGUAAACACCAGUUCGCGUGGGAGAGGUGGAACUGCCCAGAAAACACGCUCCAAUUAUCCACACACAACGGCCUUCGAAGUGCCACAAGAGAGACGGCUUUUGUCCAUGCCAUCAGCGCGGCCGGAGUGAUGUACACGCUCACCAAGAACUGUAGUAUGGGAGACUUUGACAACUGCGGCUGUGAUGACUCCAGAAUUGGACAGACAGGUGGUAGAGGGUGGAUUUGGGGGGGCUGCAGUGAUAAUGUGGCGUUUGGAGAGAAGAUCUCCAAACAGUUUGUGGACGCGCUGGAAGGUGGGCAUGACUCGCGCGCAUCAGUCAACCUACAUAACAACGAGGCAGGCAGACUGGCAAUCAAAGCUACCAUGAGGAGAGCCUGUAAGUGUCACGGAGUGUCUGGGAGCUGCAGUAUCCAGACCUGCUGGAUGCAGCUUGCCGACUUCAGAGAGGUGGGCAACUACCUGAAAAUGAAGCACGGGCAUUCAAAGAAACUUGAGAUGGACAAGAACCCGGUGAGGGCUGGGAACAGCGCGGACAACCGAGGAGCCAUAGCGCAAGCUUUUCGAAGCAUCGCUCGUACAGAGCUCGUUUACCUGGAGGAUUCCCCGGAUUACUGCGUCAAGAACCACAGCCUGGGAUUGCAGGGCACCGAGGGGCGGGAGUGUCUGAAGGGUGACAAGAACAUGUCCCAGUGGGAGAGAAAGAGCUGCCGCAGGCUGUGCUAUGGAUGCGGCCUCAGAGUGGUGGAGAAGCGCAUUGAGGUUGUCAGCAGCUGCAACUGCAAAUUCCACUGGUGCUGCACAGUGAAGUGUGACAAAUGCACGAAAGUUGUUAAUAAAUAUUACUGUGCGCGUAAAGGAGGUGAGAGAAAACCACAGAAUAAAACAAAGCGCAGACACCAUGCGCGCCGCCACUGACUGCCAUUUUUUGCAGAGACUAUCCUCACACUUCAUUUAUUUCAACAUUAUGGACAUCAAUAGGCAUUAUGAUGUUUACAAGAAUGUUAUUUUCAUUUUCAACUAUCACCUGAAGCUUUUUAAUGCACUUGCUCGUAUUAAUUUGAUUCUGUAUAUUA